UUGACUGCCACCCGACAUUCAUAUUUCGUUUUAUCAUUAAACCAUUAAGUCCCGACCCCAAUAGUCCACUGGGCACUGACCCACACUGUUUUAUUUUUUUCCUGCAGUUUUUCAAAAAAAACCCAAAGUCGAUACGGGUAACUGCAAACAGUUUCUCAGCGCUAAUCCUCUAUUUAUAUAUAUAUCUUCUAUUCUAUGAUUUACACAGAAGGACGGAUUUCAGAACUUAUAGAAGUGAUGGACAACUUUGGUGACAAUUUCGAUGACGGAGACGUCGAUCCAGCCGCAGAAUUUUUGGCUCGUGAACAGACUCAAUUAGCAGGCUUGGAAGACGAUCUCAAUACAUCCAACGUUCCGAUCGGUGUCACCCAAACAUUAUCAAACGGUUCAGGAAGCAGCUUUGAAAUAAUUGAUAGCGCCGAAAACCAGUUAACUAACCCUGUGAUUGAAAAUGGAUUAACCAAUGGGUUUACAGCUACAAAUAGUGAUGAUGAUACAUCAUCACCAAUUAAUGCUCCGAAAAUUGAAAGAGAAGAACCAGAAAAAAUUAAAAAAUGGCGAGAAGAACAAAAGACUCGAUUAGAAGAAAAAGAUGCUGAUGAAGAAAAAAAGAAGGAAGAAUUAAGGCAGAUCGCUAAAAGUGAAUUGGAAGAAUGGUACAAAAUUCACAAAGAACAAAUUGCUAAGACUAAAGAUGUGAAUCGAGAAUCUGCAAUAAAUGCAGAGAAACAAUUUGUUGCUGAAUCUGAUGAAAUUGAGCCAGGCACUGAAUGGGACCGCAUCUCAAAACUCUGCGAUUUUAACCCAAAAUCUAGUCGCGCUAGUAAAGAUGUAACACGCAUGAGAUCUAUCAUUCUUCAACUUAAGCAGACCCCACUAAAAAAACCUGUAUCACCUGCAAAAUAAAUUGUAAUUAUAAUUUCCUUUCUGUCAUUCCUAUACAGUAAGAUAUUUAUUCUAUUGAGUUUUUUUAUUUUAUAACAUCGCUACAUAGUAAAUAUUUUUUAAUUAUUAUAAUUAAUUUCAGAGAUGAUA